AUGGCCUCAGUAGCGCCUGCGCCUGCUAAGAUGCCUCGAAGGCAGCUGCGAAGUCGCCAGGCAAGCGCAGCAGUCGUGGUGCCUCCAACGACCAAAGCCCAACAAACAUCUGACGUACCUUCACCUAUAGACCACGAACGCGACACCCACGCAAUCAAAUCCAGCCCGCAGGAAGCCGACGUGGCUCUCGAGGUAGCAGGCGAGCCGGAUUCCUCGCCGGAAACCGGCCGGCUGCGGAAGAGAAAGGAAUCGCCCUGUGAGGCUGACGAUGAAGCUGACGGUGAAGCUGUCGCCAUUGCUAUGACCGCCGGCUCAAGGCGGAAUCCUAAGCGGAAGGCUACCGAGACGGCUGCCGCCUCAACAUCUGCUGCCGCUUCUAGGGAGUCGAGAGACUACCAGACGCUUCUCCGUGAAUCUCUGGCGCCACUGGGCGAAGACGAGCUCAAGGAGUGGGAGGGCUGGUGUGAGGUGGAAUCUGAACCUGCCUUCUUCAAUGCUAUGUUGAGAGAGAUGGGCGUCAAGGAUGUCAAGGUCCAAGAGGUCUUUGCGGUCGAUGAAGACUACGUGGCGACUCUUCCACAGCCCGUCUAUGGUCUCAUCUUUCUCUACCAAUACUUCUCUGAGAACUACGAGGACGACGCGGUCGUCGACAGCCGCGACGUUUGGUUUGCAAAUCAGACGACAGAUAACGCCUGCGCAACCGUCGCCAUGACCAACAUCAUCAUGAACAGCCCGGGAGUCGAUAUAGGCAAGGACCUCCAAGCCUUCAAGGAUUCCACAAACACCCUCAGCACCCCGCUCCGCGGCCACGCCCUGGGCUCAAACACCUUCAUCCGCUCCGUCCACAACUCCUUUACCCGGCGAAUGGACCAUUUGAACGCCGACUUCGUCCUCGAGACCGAGGCGUCAGAGUCCAAGAAGAAGACAAAGCGCAGAGGGCCGGCAAAGAAGACAAAGAAGAGCAAGAAGCAAAAGAUUGACGAGUCGGGAUUUCACUUCAUUGCCUACGUACCGGCUAACGGCUCGGUCUGGGAGCUGGAUGGUCUCAAGACGCGGCCCGUUUGCAUCGGACCCCUCGAGGAGGGCGUCCACUGGGCCGAACUGGUCCAGCCCGAGAUUCAGGCUCGUAUGCUCCAGUUUGAGGAUACCGCCCUCACCUUCAACCUCCUUGCGCUCUGCAAGAGCCCGUUGGGGAUCUUGUCGGGAGAGCUCGCGAGCACGCUCCGCUCUUUUGAGGUUUUGAAGAAGCGCACCAAGGAUCUCGACGGCUGGCAAAGUCUCAUCGCCGGCAAUGACCAGCCUCUGAAGAGCUCUGAGAUUGAGCGUCUCGCCGGCUUCGGCAUAUCAGGGUUGGAUAUACAACAGGCGCGCGUGGACCCAGCGUUCGAGAGAAAGGUCAAGAAGCCAUCCACAGACAUGGUGGAACUCUUCAAUCUCUACGAUGAUCUUGUGACGAAGCAGAAGUCUCUGAUCGGAGAGUACAACACCGAGAUCGGUUUUGUGAAUGAAGAUGACGACCGUGUGCAGGGGAGGAAGAAGGAUCACACUCCUGCGAUCCAUUCCUGGGUGCAGAAGCUGGCGGAGCACGGUGUGCUCGCGGAUUGGGCGGCCAAUUCCUAG